GUUUGUUCCACAUCAGUAGCAUCACAUGCUCUUAACAUAUUUACAAAUCUGCACUUUUACAGGACCAUUCUAGUGCGCAAGGUCCAGUAAAUCAAAACAAUGAUUAUUUUGGUUGUGUUGCUGAUCCUCGCUUGUUGCUACUGGGGGUAUUGGAGCGCAGGAGCUAAGCGGUUGGACCGGGCCACCGCCGCUCUGCCCUGCCCACCUACUCUGCCGCUAUUGGGAAAUGCUAUGCUAUUUAUUGGUAACUCUGAAAAAAUUGUUAAAACCCUUGAUGAUAUAGCGGAAUUGAGUUACAAGCAUAAAGGAGCUGCAAAACUUUGGCUUGGUCCAAAACUAUACGUAGCUGUAAGUAAUGCAGAAGACGCGAAGAUAAUUCUAGAAAAUUGUUUAGACAAAGAUGUCGUGUAUCGUUUUCUGCGGCCGUGGCUAGGACAUGGACUUUUUGUCGCCCCGCUUAACUUAUGGCGGACUCACAGAAAAGUGCUGUUACCAGUAUUCAAUAAUAAAGUUGUAGAGGAUUAUUUAGGAGUUAUUGGCGAACAAGCAGACAUAUUGGUUGAAAGACUUUCAGAACAAAUCGGCAAGGGGUACUUCGACAUCCUUCGAUACAUUACCGCUUGUACACUGGACAUUGUAUUUGAAACAGCGAUGGGUGAACGCAUGGACAUCCAGCAUUCCCCGGACACGCCGUACCUGCGCGCGCGACACACCGUCAUGACGAUACUUAAUAUGCGCUUCUUCAAGGUGUGGCUCCAACCAGACUGCCUCUUCAACUUGACGUCAUACGCUAAACAACAGAGCGAAAAUAUCAAACUAACACAUAAGUUUACAGACGAGGUGGUCCGGAAAAGAAGACUACGAUAUGAGCAAAGUAAAUUUACAAAAACGACAAAUGAAAUUUCAGAUGGCAAUCUCCGUGUCGUAUUAGACAUGUUGUUCGGACGGGAGAUAGAAUUCACCGACGAGCAGCUACGAGAACACAUCGACUCUAUCACCAUUGCUGGCAAUGACACCACUGCUCUUGUCACAGCGUACACCCUGGUCCUACUUGGCCUACAUCAGAACGUACAAGAGGAAGUCUUUCAAGAGCAACUUUCUAUAUUCGGCAAAUCAAGACGAAAUGCUACAAAAGAAGAUGUUCAGAACAUGCACUGCUUAGAGAGGGUGAUAAAGGAAAGCAUGCGUCUGUACUGUGUGGUGCCUAUCGUUGCUCGGAACAUCGAUAGAGACUUGUAUUUACCUUUCUCCGGUGUUACAUUGCCUACUGGAACAAGCGCGGUGGUAGGAGCGUUCGCUGUACAUCGCUCUAAAGUAGAAUGGGGUCCGAAUGCUGAUGAAUUUGAUCCCAAUAGGUUUCUGCCAGAGAGAUCAAUUGGUCGACACCCUGCUGCUUUUUUACCCUUUAGUUAUGGAUCCAGAAAUUGUAUCGGUCGGAAUUUCGGUAUGAUUAUAAUGAAGAGCUUAAUCUCGAGCAUUGUUAGAUCAUACAAAAUGGAAGCUUUAGAAAUUGGACCGUUGAAAAUGGAACUUUUAUUGUUUCCUAUUAAUGGGCAUCAAGUUUGCCUUACAAAGAGAUGAACUAUAAUACUUCUUAGAUUACCUAAUUGUAGAAAACAACCGCCUUAUUACCUUGAGUUUGUACUUUCGAAACCGUUCGCAAGAAAAAAAUAAUAAUGUGAAAAUUUUAGACGUAA